UAUUGUAUAUAUAAUUCGUAUAUUUAUAUAUUUAUAAUAUUUACUUAUUAUUUAUUUUUCUAUAUAUUGAGUAUUUCUCUUUAUUAUACUUUAUAUUUAGUUAAGGGCAAUUGUCAAUAAUAGCACCUUUUGAAGUUUAUGUCCCAAAAAUAGCACUAGAAGGAGAAAGUCACAAAAAUAGGUUUCAUUAAAGGGGUAAUUUACCCUUAUACCCUUUGUUAUAAGAAUAAAAAAAAAACAUUUCAUUUCCUUCGAUCGCGAAUCCUGUCGUCUCCUCUCUGGAAUCUUCAAACCCUCACCGGCACUGUCGUCUCCGACUCGGGAAUCGUCGUCUCCGGCUCGGGAAUCAUCUUCUCCGACUCGGGAAUCGUCGUCUCCGGCUCGGGAAUCAUCUUCUCCGGCUCGCUAGUCAUCUUCUUCGGCUCGCUAAUCAUUUUCUUCGGCUCGCCAAUCAUCUUCUCCCGCUCGCUAAUCAUCUUCUCCGGCUCGCUAAUCAUCUUCUCCGGCUAUCUAAUCAUCAGCGUCACACUCUCUACUCUCAAAAUCGGACACAAAUCACUAUGUAGCUUUUUAAAAUUAGGUUUUUUGAAUUAAAAUUUGGGAAGCUUGCGUUUUGAUUUUGAUUUGUUUGUUACUCUUUCUUAUUAACCAGCGAAGCAAAUGAAAGACUUUUGAAUUGUGGGAACACAAAGUUGUUGGAGCAUAAUUCAUCUCUUUGAGGUAUGUUGCAGAUUCAACCUUCUGUGUGUUUGUACAAAUUUAUAAAAUAAAAGUUUGUUGUCUCUUGCUGCAUCUAUUGAAUGUUUUUAGAAGAUUUCCAGAAAGCAUUUGUUGCUGCAUCUAUUAAAUGUUGAAAAUUGAAACUCGGAUGGUAACACAUUUUGAAACUUUUUUGCUUGGAGUCUUGUUUUGAUUAGGAAUGUUGAUAUUUUUGAUAGGGUCUUGAAUUUGCUUAUGAGUCUUUUGUUGCUUGUGAAACUGUCUAGUGUUUAUAAGAAUUUCAGGAAGCAUUUGUUGUGUUAUUUCAGGAAAGCCUUCCAAAAAAGUUUGAAAUUUUUUUUUUCCUUGUUUACGCAGGAUAGAAACAAGAUGGGAGAUUCAGUACCUCUAAAACUAGCACUGCCAGAGCUGAAGUAUCCUAUUGGUUCACAGCCAAAGGAAAAGUCAGCAAUCAACCAAUACUCUGGUUCAGAUUAUAUCUCUAUUGUCAAAAGCAUCCUAAAACCAGAUGAGAUGAUAAGAGUCCGAGGAUCAUUUCUGGGACCUGUAAUGAAGCUCAGUGAGAGAGGAUUGAAGUUAUCAGCAAAGAUAGUCUACGCCAUUCUCACUAGAAGCAUCGUUUCUGUCAAGGAGAAUGAAGCCUGGUUCCAUUUCGGUGCGCAGCCAAUGAGGUUCUCUAUAAGAGAAUUUCAUAUGAUGACAGGCUUGAAAUGUAGUGGUGCAUUAGAAGGACCACGAAGGGAAACCGAGAGAUUUAAUUGGGAAUUGCUAAAGGGGCGUAGUCAUAAGUUAAGUGACAUGGUGGACCAGCUCAGAAACACAAGAGAAGAUGCUUCUGAGGAGAGAAUAUGCCUCGCAAUGCUCAUCCUGGUAGAGAGCAUAUUAUUGCGGAAGAGCAAAGGAGGGAGUUUUCCUUUGGAAUAUGCGAAAAAUGCACAGGAUAUGACAUAUCCAUGGGGAAAAGAGGCUUACAUUGUGCUCCUGAAGUCAAUUCAAAACGCUGUCGCGAAUCAUUUGGAGAAUAAAUCCAAAUUUGAGUUGCAAGGUUAUCCUCUAGUAUUCCUUCUUUGGAUACUAGAGUCGAUUCCUUUGCUAAGGGAUAAGUUCAGUAAGUGUGUACCAACAGUUGAGGUUCCUGGGCCGACUUACUUGUGUGAAAAAUACACUGAGGUAGAGAAUCCAUCACUUGAUAGGGUUUUACAGGUUGAAGCUGAUACAAAGCUGAAGGUCCAUUGCAUACUACCUUCUAUUCCUCAUGAUCCAGAAGAUGAUAUCUCCAUUGAAGACAAAUAUAGUGACGAGCUGGAAACAGUGAAAGAUGUAACAAAGAAAGGGUACAAGAUUACAGCCGAUGACUGGGAAAAUAGGUGUGUAGACACAUUUGACACAUUGGAUGCUCUUAUUCAAAUGAUGGCAAAUAAGGAGACUGGCCAAGCUUCUACUCCGAUUGAUGAGGAUUCAGUAAAUGAAAAAGUGAACAGGAUCAUCACGGUAAUGGAGGAGAAUCUGAAGAGCAUGAAGGAUCGAAUGUCAUUACUAGAAGAAGAAAACAUACAUCUUAGAGCUCGUGUGUCAGAGUUGGAAGGAAACAACAAUGUUUUUCCCACUAACGUGACACAAAAGGUAAAUUCUCAAAACAUGUUCUUUUACAUUUGCAUUUUCAAGUAUUUUUUUGAAGAUCUUGUACAUAUUCUUGAAUGCCUUCCUAAUAUUUGACAAACAGCGAUCCAGUGAGACACCUUUAUCUCCAAUGUCUCACACGCAACCAUCGAGUGAGACACCUUUAUCUCCAAUGUCUCAACAGCCUAAUUUGACACAUGAGGUAUGUAACCAAUAAAUAUUGUUGAGUUUUGAAGUAAUAUUUGGAAAGCUUUUGUACUUCUUGAAUGCAUUCCUGAUUUUUGCUGGAGACAAUGAUUGAAUCAGCUGCAUCUCCAAAGUCUCAACAAAAUGAGGUAUAUGCUCAAAAAUUUUUAAGAAAAUAUUUGGAAAUUCUUGUACAAAAUCCUGAAUGCCUUCCUGAUUUUUGCAGGAUUACACGCAACAAUCGAGUGAGACGCCUUUAUCUCCAAUGUCUCAACAGCCUAAUUUGACACAUAAGGUAUGUAACCAAUAAAAUAUUGUUGAGUUUUGAAGUAAUAUUUGGAAGCUUUUGUACAUAUUCUUGAAUGCAUUCUUGAUUUUUGCAGGAGACAAUGAAUGAAUCAGAUGAUGAAACUCUUGCCCUUGAUACUCAAGUAUUCUCUCCUAAUCUGACAAAAGAGGUAUAUGCUCAAUGAUAUUGUUUUCACAGUUGGAGUUUACAAAUUAGUUUUGGGUGAUUUUUUUUUACAUAUAAAAGCUUUUCUGAUUUUUGACAGAAAGAAACAGAAACGUCUACCGAUGAGAGGCCAUCCAAUCCUAAUCAAGAUGGAAAACCAGAUG